UUGCUUUGGUAGAAGAAAAUAAAUUUAGAAAGAAGAAGAAGAAGAAAAAAGAAAGAGUGAAUAAUAUAUGAAAUUAUUAUCACUGUAAUUUCCUCUUCCUCCACGCAACCAAAAACAACAAAAUCCCCUCUCUUCUUCUCUUUCUUUUCCUUCUUUGUCUUCAUCGCUCAUUCAAUCACUCGUUGCACAACUUGCCUCGUCCUUUCAAAUUCUUCAUCUUUCGCUGCCUUUUCCCCCAAACUCUGUUUCUCUGCAUCCUCAACUUCCCAUCCUUCCAUGUUUUCUGCUUAGUUCUAGAAUCUCCUAAUAUUCAUUUAGGUCUUCGGGGCAUGGACUGGCUGUUUAUGCCAACUGUCAGUGUCUGUGAAGAAUGUUUAACAAGCCAAGAGGUGCUAGUGCUUUUAAUGUAUUGAAUUGGAAACGUCAAGGUGAAUCAUCUGUGACAACAGGUUUACUUCAGGAUGUUCCACCAGAGAUUGAAUUGUCGGAUUAUAGAAGGAUCCCAAGUCCAGGUAGUGAGAGCCCUUCAGACCUACUUAAUGGUGAGAGCCUAAAUGUAGAACCCAUUGCUGAUUUGGAUUUCUUCUUCGAAAGGCUUUACAGCUACUACUGUGAGAAAGGGCUCUGGUGCAUCAUCAUAAAGUGGAUAGUUGAACUUCUGAGUCUUGGUUUCACCAUAUGUUUUUCGGGUUUUUUCUUACUAUAUGUUGACUGGAAUGGGCUCCGAAAUGCAAAGUGUGGGAUGAAUGCAGUUGAAUCUGGAAGGAAGCCUUGUGAUCUUGCUAAAGAAGCUCUUCAUGAGCACCCUUUAACCCCAUUUACACUUAGCAAAGCUAUUAUUGUUGGAUACUUGGGAAUAUUUUCUAUCUAUUGGAUAUUUUGCUUCUUGAGAUUCUUUGUUCAACUAAAGGAUACUUUGGAUAUCCGACAGUUUUACUACAAUAAUCUCCGUGUUACUGAUAAUGAUAUUCAAACCAUGCCCUGGGCUACAAUUCUUGAAAAGGUUGUUCUUGUGCAAAGCUCACGACAACUCUGUGUGGUAAAGGAUCUUUCUGCUCAUGACAUGGUAAUGAGGUUGAUGCGGAAGGAGAACUACUUGAUUGGAAUGCUCAACAAGGGUGUGCUUUCUUUCCCCAUUUCUCAGUGGGUCCCAGGUGCUGGACCUACAGUGAAAUCUGGUACUAAUGGCACACAAUAUCGUCUAAUGCUUCCCAAGACCCUUGAGUGGACUUUGAACUGGUGCAUCCUGCAAAGCAUGUUUGAUCGAAACUUCUGUGUCAGAAGAGAUUUUGUGUCAAAUCCAAAGACAUUAAAGAAAAGGCUUAUGAUAGUUGGGAUUGUAAUGCUUUUACUUUCUCCAUUUCUUGUCAUAUUCAUGCUGGUAUAUCUCUUUCUGAGGCACGCUGAACAAUUUUAUAAUCACCCAAGCACAGCAUCAUCUCGAAGAUGGUCAAAUUUGUCACGAUGGGUCUUUAGGGAAUUCAAUGAGGUGGAUCAUCUCUUCAGGCACCGGAUUAAUAGCAGUGUAUUACAUGCUUCUAACUAUAUCAAGCAAUUUCCUUCACCUAUCAUAUCUAUCAUUUCAAAAUUCAUAUCAUUUGUAUCGGGUGGCUUUGCUGCAAUUCUGAUCAUCAUUGCUUUUAUAGAGGAGUCUCUGCUGGAGGGUCAUAUAUUUGGUCGGAACUUGUUCUGGUAUGCUGCUGUUUUUGGAACUAUAACUGCUAUUAGACGGGCUGCAAUUGCAGAUGAGCUUCUAGUCAUAGACCCCGAAGGAGCAAUGUCAAUGGUAGUUGAGCAUACGCAUUAUAUGCCCAAGAGAUGGCGGGGCAAAGAAAGUACUGAAAUGGUCCGGAUUGAGUUUGAAACCUUAUUCCAGUAUAGUGGGAUGAUGUUACUUGAGGAGAUGGCCUCGAUUUUCCUUACUCCAUACUUACUUCUGUUGGUUGUCCCAAAGCGGGUUGAUGAUAUCUUGCAGUUUAUUGCAGAUUUUACUGUAGAUGUUGAAGGUGUUGGUCAUGUUUGCAGUUAUAGUGUCUUCAAUUUUCAAGAGCAUGGAAACAGUAAUUAUGGUUCUCCGUUUAAUGCACCUCGCAGCCAGAGAAGUUCCCAGGGGAAGUUGGAGAAAUCAUUUUUGAGCUUUCAGAGUAGUUACCCUUCAUGGGAACCAAAUGCUCAAGGGAGGCAGUUUCUGCAUAAUCUGAGAACAUUCAGAGACCAAAACUUAGCAGGACACAUAAACCAACAUGGGUUUUCCCCUCCUAGACUGUGGAGAGGCAGUCCCAACAUGGGAAGCAAUGGAGACAGAAACAGGUUUACAUCCAGGGAAAUGCCAUAUAGUACUUUUGCAACUGGCAAUCAUUUGGGUUCUUUGUGGCUAAUUGAAUCCAGAAAUCAAAACAAUCAUCCCUAUCUUCUUGAUUGGUACUACACUUCCCAACCUCAUGAUACAGCUCAAAGACAUGUUCAAGCUGAUGAUCCAUUUGAAGUAACGGAGCAUCAAUUCCCAGAUUGGAUGCCCUCUAUCUUGGUACAAAAUGAGCAACACGGGCAUGAAGGAUACAUAAACGAGUAUUGUGAUGAACGCGCCGCUUCCCAUCUCGAGGCUUCCACAUCAGCUCCCAUCUUCAGGGAAAGCCUAAGUCAGGAUCAACAUUCCAUUGAUAUGCCCCUCACUGCCAGGAGUCGUUGGUGGGCAAGAAGUGAUCCCCAGAGUGGACAAGGUCAGACAAGCUUUUUUGAGCCACCAGAUUUCAAUCACCAACCAGUAUACAAUUACCAUGAUAAUAGAGGGUCAGAGGAUCAAGAUCAAGAACAACACUUGUACUGGGGAGAUUAUCACAAAUUAUCUAGUACAGCACAUGCAGAUGAUUUAUAUGCAGGAGAAUUCAAUCUUCUUUUUGAUGAUGUUUAUAGCAGUCCUCCAGAAAAUCCCACUGUAAAUCCUAGCACUGCAACCUUUUAAGUGUGAUGGCUUUGUCCUUCAUUAUUUGUUUUGGCUGGUUCUUGCCUUUGGAAUGCAAGAGUUCCCAAGUCAUGAUUGUCAUUUCUAUGUUAUUUGUGUGGAAAUGGAAACUAUUCUUUGCUGUAAAUAGAUAGAUUCUUUGACAUAAGGCAGUUCAGAUUUCUAUAAUUGUUUUACGUUAAGUUACUUGAGUCAAA